CAUAUGGCAGAUGACACAUGGCAUGAGUCAGUUUUUAAAGAGAAUUGUGAGAAGAUAAUUUUUUUAGUACGUUGCGAAUCUUGUUUUUAUUAUGGGUAACAACCAUAAUAACGCUAGCAGUUCAUCAUUCGAAAGUAAAAAUAAAAGACUGAGAAGUACAUCCAAAAUGAGUAACUCCGAAGAUUACACCCCUGUCGAGAAAUUCGACUUCAUGGAACCCCUUGGAAUAGCGGAGGAUGAUGAAACGAACGGGCUGUGUUUUAAUGGUACCUACUUGCCAGAAGAGAUCCUGCUGAACAUACUCAGCUAUAUACCUCCUCAAAAUUUACUGGCGCUAACAUUAGUCUGUAAAACAUGGUGUAACAUGAUAAAGUCUGAGCCCUUAUGGAUGGAGGUUCAUAAAAAGAGAAACCCCAGUAGCCCUAGAAAAAAACUGCCCUGGUAUAUAUACUAUUGUUACCAUACCACAGAUUCUUUUAAAAACAUGCUAAAAAAUGGCAAUGGGCAAGAGAAGUUUAAACACUGGAAAAUUAUAAGCGAUGAAGGGGAUCAAUUCCAAAUUGAAAAUCCACCAAAAGGCUCAGAUCCUUUACCAAAAGAUGUACCAGAUUUCAAUGGAAAAACUAGCUGUUUUGUGACUUCCUUCUAUGAAUGCAACAAGGUACAAGAAAUAAGUCUAAAGGAAAAACGGUUGUUACGUUACAUCCUGAACAAAUUCAUGCCACACAUCUAUGUCAGUGAGUGGAUGGCAGGGAGGUUUGACUGUGGAUGUGUGUAUAAGUUAGGCAUCAGGGGUUAUAAUGACCAAUACUAUAACUACACCUAUGAGGAACUCCAAUCCGAAGAUACCAGGCUGAGGCCUCUUUUUCAAAUGUCAAAAAAAGUUCUUAUUGAUCAAUGGCAAGGUAGGGCGUGGCAAAAGGUGGAGAUCCUUAUAGAAGAGUAUCCAAAAAACGUAGCAGUGCUAGUAUUUGAACAUGAGGGACAGGAUACCCAAUUCUGGAAAGGACACUAUGGCAGCAAAAUGUCUGGUGGAGUAGUGAGGGUAGUGUUCGAGAGUAUUGAACCUUUAGGAGGCACCUUGAAGGAAACCAAUCUCAGGAGAUUGUACCGUAGCGAUGACAUGGAUGUAUGAUUGUUGUAUGCUGUGCAUAGGCAGUUAGAGAGGGACCAUCCAUACUGCAUUGACAAGUUUUGCUGCAGGAUUAUUUACAAUCCAUAAAUACAUUAGCUGUAUUACUCAAUAACAAUUCUGAAUGGUUAUGAACUUAAUUAACACUACAAUUUUGUUAUUCAAAAAAUAUUCACCUAGAUGGUAUGGUCCAACAGAAGUAUAGUAUAUUGAGUGUAGUUAAAUGUUCUUAUUAAAUCAUAUCUUAAUCUUGAGGUCAAAAUUUUUGUAAUUCUAUCUUAUUUAACAUAAUAUAAAAUCAUGGGUAUUUUAAGAGUGUUGCAGCAAAAAUAUGAACUGAAAUGUAAUCAAUUUUAAACAAACCUUAAAUGCAUGUUCCCUGAUGGAUUAGGUAAAGAGAAAACUCAUCUUUAGAGAGCCUAACCUGUAAGUUGGCAACACUCACUUGCCAUUAGUAGAUGUCAAUUUAUCAAUCUAAUAUGCUGAAUAGUACCAACCCUAUAAAGGUUUUGCUUUGGUGAACUACUUAUAGGUGGCAGUGACUCCUACUCAUGCACUGCAUUCUGAGUUUUUAGUAUACCAUAUUUGCUUGUUUGUGUUCUGUUUGUUUCUCUUCAAGACUAGACCUAUACUGUACUGAUGAUUGCUAAUAAGCAUGAAACAGUGUUGUUUAUGGUUAGUCAUUUUUUGGCGUCAUUAACGAAAAAUGAAAUAAGUAAACAGAUCGAGUCUCCGUACGAUGGGCCGAACACUGCGCAGACUAAUCUUCAGCGCAUCUGCUACUCUGCUAUUUUCCGGCAUUGUACACUUUUAUAUUGAAGAUUGAUAACAGGACAACUCAAAUUGCACGCCGAUGUUGUCAAGAAAGCUGUCACUCUGACAAAUAUGGUUGAAGGGCACCCAUACGUAACGUAAAGUUUUCGAGACGUAGACACACAACUGAAAAACAUGUCUUUCAGCUGACCGAAAAAACGUUCACACACAGGGGUAGGUUACAUGUGUAUGUAUGAGAAAAAUGGAGAUAUAUAAAGGGAUACUGGUAGUCUUAUACUUUGACCCGCCAAGAACGGUGACUACACCACUCACAAAUUUCGCUACCGAGCCGUAACAUUUCCGUUUUCCGAAUGCGGUCAUUGCUGCAGUCGUACUUCACAUCUACCUCAUGCCAUCAAAUGGAAUGCUUCCAUGAUUUUCCGUUCUUCUUUCUAACGGACAAAAAUGUCAUAAAUACAAAAAUGAAUGCUGCACAAACCUAUAAUAUCGAAGAGAUUAAGGCGCUAUCGCAUGAAUAUGCUGAACUGAAUAUGUUUGCUUUCCGUCUCUCUAACCAUUACCCGCUGCAUACAACUGUGUUCCAGGUCCUUUUAGCAAUCAUCAGUACAGUAUAGUUUUAAUUGUGUUUAGACAAGCAAAAGGAAAGCAAACAAGAGUGUACGAUCCAUUGAAGAAUUCGGGAUGUUGUGCGCAAAAACAAUACUGACAACUGCCACCCACGAAAGUUAGACAAACACACAACAUACUGGGUAGACCAUGACCAUGCAUUCAUUUUGUUGGUCGCCACACAACUAGACCUAUUACCGUACUGAUGAUUGCUAUAAUGCAAGAAACAAUGUUGUAUGUGCAUUAUAUACAUAUUAGGAGUAAUUUUUAUCGCCAAAUUAAGCGAGCUUCAUGAGAUAUAAAAUGUUAUUGACAUAAAUAAGUGUGAUUGAUUGCUGUGAUCUUGAAAGUAUAAAAUUAUUAUUAGUAUAAUAUUAAUAUAUACGAGGAAAUAUAUUUAUGUAUCGUUGUAUGAUCCGUCAAGAUGGUUUCAUCACUGUUUUAAUCCUAGUAUAGUUCAUAUUGAUAGUUCUGAGUGUUUUUACGAAAACUAUCCGACAUUGCGCAAGGAUUUGAUUUUUUGAGAUUUGUACUUGGAACAUUAAAAAAUAAUUUAAAAAACAUGCUAUGUUUCACGAAAAGUUAAAUCUUGUGCGCUAAAUAAUACUAAUUUACUGUUAAUGUAUGUUAAAUAUUGAUUGUGAAAUUUAACUCUCACCUUUAUUAUGUAACUGUAAUGUUCUCAACUCAAAUAUAUAAAACUCAUUUAACA